UAUAAAAGCAUAGCUCGCCCAUAUUUAAUUAACCAGUAUCAUUUGCACAAAGCCGCAUAUUUCUCGUCUAUAUACUAGCGCGCAGAUAACUCAGCUAAAAAAUUGGAGGACCAUGUUCAAAUAUCUUGCACUCAGUUUUUUCGCGCUACUCGCUGUAGCUGCCGCUAAACCCAGCAUUAUUUCGCCUUUUGCCACUUAUUCGACAUCUCUGUUGGCAUCACCAAUUACAGCUGGCUACACUUUUCCCUAUUCCACCUACGCUACGGCUCCUUAUGCUGCUGCCGCCUACGCUCCUUACUCACCCUAUUCAUUCCAAUCACCCUACUACGCUGCAUACUCAAGUUACCCUUAUGGUUCGAUAUUGCUUAGGAAAUGAGAUACGAAAACAAAUAGUCUGGAAAUUUAUGUACAGAUAUGAAGUGUUAUAACGAAUUUUUACUAACAUGAAAAUAAAUAACUUGUG